CCCCUAGUCUCCUGCUAUAAAAGGGACUCCACUGCGUGAACUAGACAGUAACUGACGGCAAAAAAACAACAACAAAACACGAAUACUGGUAUAUAACAGAACCGGAGCUGAAUACUGCAAGUAAACUUAGAGUCAUCAACAGAAGAAGUUAAAUUAUCUAAUACGUCGCUGUCUACAGCUGAAGAUAAAAUAACCAACAAUAAAAUAAAAAGUGGUGAAGACUACGGAUAUUUCAUUUACAUUUACGGAUAACCUUACUCCAGUUUGUGAGAAAGAAAAGGAAAACUAGAAAGCAGACAGAAAUCUUCAGACAGGCAUUGGUUUGAGAGAGAUGUGCUGACUCAGUGGCUUAGUGACAGACCUCAUACACUGACACAAAGCGGGUCUAGGAGGCGAAGCACAAGGUGCCUACUGUAUUCCACAGAAAAAGUGAGACACUGCACUGGAAGAUGAGUGCAGCCUUGCCCUGGUUCUUCGCCCUCGUCCUGCUGGCCUCUGCUGUCCAGGAUGGUACCGCCCUCUUCCUGCCCAACUCAACAUCCCUGCAGCACCUGCUGAGCCGAUACCAGGAUGAGAGUGUGUCCCUGACUCGAUCCCGGCGCGCCAUCCAGUGGUCCGACAGAGAAGAGAUCCUGAAACUCCACAACAAACUGCGGGGCCAGGUUUCCCCCUCCUCCUCUAACAUGGAGUAUAUGGUCUGGGAUGAGGAGCUGGAGCGCUCUGCCACAGCCUGGGCCCAAGAGUGCAUCUGGGAGCACGGCCCCAACGACCUGCUCAUGUCCAUCGGGCAAAACCUAGCAGUGCACUGGGGGAGGUACCGCGCCCCAGCCCACCAUGUACAGGCCUGGUAUGACGAGGUGAAGGAUUACACUUACCCCUACCCCCAGGAGUGCAACCCCUGGUGCCCUGAACGCUGCUCCGGGCCCAUGUGCACCCACUACACUCAGCUCGUCUGGGCCACCACUAACAAGGUGGGCUGUGCCGUGCAUGUGUGCAAGAGGAUUAACGUCUGGGGGGAGAUCUGGGAGAAUUCUGUCUAUCUCGUCUGCAACUACUCACCCAAAGGGAAUUGGAUUGGAGAGGCCCCUUAUCAGCACGGCAGACCCUGCUCUCAGUGUCCCCCCAGCUACGGAGGAGGCUGCAAGGAGAACUUGUGCUACAAAGCAGACACUCGGGUCCCCCAGCGCCCAGAGACAGAGGAUAUGAACGAGGUGGAGAAACCACAGGUUCCCAAGGACAUCCCAGGCUGGGCCCGACCUCGCACCACUCCCGCCAAGGCAACUCCUGGGAAAACACCAGGAGCCAAGGACACCGGCAGCAAGUUCAUGGCCCAGGUGAUUAAGUGUGAAACCAAGAUGAGAGACAAAUGCAAAGGGACAUCAUGUAACAGGUACAAAUGUCCCGCAAACUGCAAGAAUGCCAAAGGAAAAAUCUGGGGGACCCUGUUUUAUGACACGCAAUCCAGUAUCUGCAGAGCGGCACUGCAUUACGGGGUGAUCGAUAACAAUGGGGGUCUGGUGGAUAUCACGCGGAAAGGCCGACUGCCCUUCUUUGUAAAGUCAACAAGGAACGGAGUGGAGUCCUUCAGUAAAUAUAAAGCAUCAAACUCCUUUGUUGUUUCAAAAGUUGUAGAGCAAAGAGUGGACUGCUACACGACUGUUGCUGAGCUGUGUGCCUUCAAGAAGCCUUCCACUCACUGCCCAAGAGUGCACUGCCCGCCGAGAUGUAAGGAUGAGCCAUCAAACUGGGCUCCAGUCAUUGGCUCAAACAUCUACUCAGAUAGCUCCAGUAUUUGCAGAGCAGCAGUCCACGCAGGCUUGAUUAAAGACUCGGACGGGGGCUACGUGGAUAUCUUGCCUGUGGACAAGAAGAAACAUUAUGUGGGAACUCUAAAGAACGGAGUGCGCUCAGAAAGUAAGAAGAAUCCAGAAGGAAAAUCAUUCAGUCUCUUCUCAGUGAGGGGGUGAAGAGAGACACCAUUUGGGCCGAGCCUAAACACAGCUGCUUCAGGGUCCCCAUGUCUGCUGAGCAGGACCAGGAAGUGCCCUAACCUGUCACUACGGUAACCUCUCAGUACCCCUCCUUCAAACCCCUACAGUCACAAUUUACUUCAAAUACAAAGAAGAAAAUUUAUAAUGGCAAAAAAACUGUUCAUUUAUUUCAAUAAAUAACAGUGUUUCAUUUUCAGUUGUUUUUUUAUUGUGAUAAGGAUAUGAAGAAACAUAUUCAAAAUACUGUAAAGUACUGUAUAACAAUUAUAUUGUUUUUGUUUAUUAAAAUUGACAGGUGUAGUUUAAUUUUACAUAUAUUAUUAUGAAUAUUUUGUUUACUUAAAAGUGUACCAAACACACAGGAAUGUAUGCCAAUUGCAUCUUUGUACAGUUUUGGGAAGAAUGGUAGUUUUUUUUUCUUUUUUUUUCUUUUCUUUUUUUUUAAUUGUUAGAUUUGUUUCUGUUUGGUUUGUAUUACUAAUGAAUGGUGCUCUUUCUGGGUCAUGAUGUACUCUGGUAGUUCAAUGUUGAUAAAUUGUAAUCUCUUAUAGGCUAAACUUCCUAGUAUUUCUAUUUCCAGUUAUUUAAACUAUAUGUUUUCUUUCUUACACAAACAUGUUCUCUAGGUCAGUGUUUCCCAAUGAACACAGGAAUAAUGAACCCACGACCCGAAAUUAUUCACUAUUUGGUAUUUUAACUGAAAUACUUAUUAGCCAGUCAAAAAGCGACGUUUCAUUUAUUUAACUGCACUACACUAUAUAAACAUUCAGGCUUUGAUAGUUUUACGGGACGCUAAAAUAUUUGCUUUUAUCAAAUUAUUAGUAAAAACAAAAUAUAUAGAAAAUAAUUGUAUUAAACUAACAUAGUGUAACGACGAGGCAGACAACCCGCGGGGGGUACCACUUAUACAAACAUUGCAUUCAGUGGCGGCUCAUGGCUUUUUUGACAGGUGAGGCACAAAUCACAAAAUAGUUAUUACCACCCCCACUCAAUGGCUAACGCACUAAAAGUAAAUUUACUUUGUUCAGCUGAGAGGAUUUUAAUGCAUUCAAAUAACAGACUGCAGUCGCUAGGUAAAAUAUACCCCCAUCAAUUAAAAAACAUUAGCACUGUAAACAACACACAAUUUACAGAAUUGCGGGUACAAAUUGGUAUAAUCAAUUGGCAAAUCAGAACCUUAAAACCACGUAGUAUUCAGUUCUACACGUCAUUAGGUGACACCAGCGUGGCACAUAAGCUAUAAUGACACAAAUACAAUAUUAUUAUUUAUUUCUUAGCAGACGCCCUUAUCCAGGGCAACUUACAGUUGUUACAAGAUAUCACAUUAUUUUUACAUACAAUUACCCAUUUAUACAGUUGGGUUUUUACUGGAGCAAUCUAGGUAGAUUCGUAUGGUCGCAUAUCCUUCUUGAGUGUAAGGGAGCAGUUUGCCUCCUGAGUGCCCUUUUUAUUGGCAUGCAAGCAUGAUAUAACGUGAUGGAAUAUAAAACAAGCCAAUACUAUUUCAUGGGUGUGUAUACAAUCCCCAAUCAAACCCACUCAAUUCAGAGAGAGUUUUCUACAUAUUUGAUUGUUUUGAGUGAUUACAUAAAAAAAAGCAUCAUAGAUCGAAUAUAAUUCAUUACUGUUGAUAAGAAUGGCUUUUCUGCUAAUGUUGUAAUGUCCUGAAGUUCUAUAACUAACACAUUGGCUACCUUGCCCUGUUAUUGCAAUCUGUCUCCUCUGAAACUCAAUAGAAAUCCCUGUUGUUGUACAGCAGAAGUCUUGUGUGUAAAUAUGUUUGCUGUUCUUUUUGCAUGGUCUUUGUCUUAUUUAAAAGUGCCUUCCAGACCUGUUUGUGAAUGUGUUGUAUUUUGUAAGUUUAAGAUCUAUAUAUGUAUUCAAGUUAUUUUUUAAUGUACACAGUUUGACAAUAAAAAUAAUUUUGAAACUA